GUCAAAAAUCAUUCGAUUACAAAUUGCCAAUUCUAAGGCUAAAACAGAAAUUGAAACCCUUAUAAGUGAGAAUUCAAGUUUGCAAAAGGAAUGUAAUAGUUUGAGAUCAGAAAAAAGUGAAAAUUUAAAUACAAUAAACUCAUUAAGUGAACAAAUUACAUUCCUUAAGUCACAAAUCGUUGGAUUCCAAAUUGGCGUUAAAGGAGAUAUUGAAGCUCUUGUAAGUGAGAAUUCGAAUUUGCAAAAGGAGUGUAAUAGAUUGAAAUUAGAAAAAAGUGACAAUUUAAGUACAAUAAACUCAUUAAGUGGACAAGUUACAUCCCUUAAGUCACAAAUCGUUGAAUCCCAAAUUGGAGUUAAAGGAGAUAUUGAAGCUCUUAUAAGCGAGAAUUCGAGUUUGCAAAAGGAGUGUAAUAGAUUGAGAUUAGAAAAAAGUGAAAAUUUAAAUACAAUCAACUCAUUAAAUGAACAAGUUACAUUCCUUAAGUUACAAACUUUUGAAUCUCAAAUUGGCGUUAAAGGAGACGUUGAAACUCUUAUAAGUGAGAAUUCAAAUUUGCAAAAGGAGUGUAAUAGAUUGAGAUUAGAAAAAAGUGACAAUUUAAGUACAAUUAAUUCAUUAUGUGAACAAAUUACAUCCCUUAAGUUACAAACCGUUGAAUCUCAAAUUGGC